AUGGCUGUUGAGAAAGGCAAAGGCCAAUCAUCGCUCCCAGUUCGUCCUCGGAAAUAUGACGUCUUCUUGAGUUGUAGAAGUGAUGAUACUUCAAAAACCUUUGUAGAUCAUCUCUACUCAAAAUUUUGCCAAGUUGGGAUCAACACAUUCAGAGCUGGUGAUGAGCAGCUCUCUGAAGUCGCAAAGGCAAUUGAAGGAUCGAUCGUUUUUAUUAUUGUGCUCUCAAAAAACUAUGCCUCAUCUAGAAGGUGUCUUAAUGAGCUUUUGCAUAUCCUUGAACUCAAGAACAACUCCAAACGGUUAGUUCUUCCUAUAUUCUAUGAUGUUGAUCCUUCUGAUGUGCGCAAGCAAAGUGGAAUCUUUGCUGAAGCCUUUGCAAGACACAAAGCAUGUUUCCAAGAGGAAAAUAAUAUUCUACUCUGA